ACACCAAGCAAGCCUCAUCGCCGACAGCUAUCUGAGAUGGCAGUGCCAGACGCGUGUCCCAAUGCCGCUCAAUCGACCGCCAACGCUUCGGCCAUGCACAUUCCACAUGCGAACGGCAAAACCCAGCCGUGGCUGAACGCAUAUCCUCCAGCAAAGCAAGACCUCGUCGGCGUCGCAGAGUCUCGAGGACAGAUGCUGUUACUGGACGGAACCGGCGGCAGUGGAACUACAGCCAUGCCAAAUCAAGUCGCGCUUCCACCGAAGACCAAAGAGCAGCAGGAAAAGGAGCAGAAAUUCAAGGACAACGAGACUCAGGACAAGCCGCAGACAAAGCAGUGAGAGCGAUGGAAUAAGGUUGGCUCGCGGGCGUGGAUAAAGAUGUGGGUCUCGCAAGACCCAAUGCCAAAUGAAUACCCUUCUUUGCCUCGUCUCUCCGGGGUUGGCGCUUGAGAUGGAACUACGAGAGCAAGCAGGCGUUAUGGCUUUUCCUGCAUGUGUUCACUGGCGUUGUUACCAAAAAUGGGCGGACUCGCUGCAUCAUGGGAGCACUUGAGAUACGUUCUGGUUACACUCGCUCUCGAG